AGCCCAACGGCGAGAAGCCAGACGAGUUUGAGUCCGGCAUCUCCCAGGCCCUCCUGGAGCUGGAGAUGAACUGGGACCACAAGGCGCAGCUGCGGGAGCUGAACAUCACGGGGGCCAAGGAAAUUGAAGUUGGCGGUCGUUGGAAAGCUAUUAUAAUCUUCGUCCCGGUCCCUCAACUGAAAUCUUUUCAGAAAAUCCAGGUCUGGCUGGUGUAUGAGUUGGAGAAAAAGUUCAGGAGGAAGCACGUCGUUUUCAUCGCUCAGAGAAUUCUGCCUAAGCCAACUCGAAAAAGCCAUACCAAAAAUAAGCAAAAGUGUUCCAGGAGCCGCACUCCGUCGGCCAUGCACGACGCCAUCCUGGAGGACCUGGUCUUCCCAAGUGAGAUCGUGGCCAAGAGGAUCCACGUGAAGCUGGACGGCAGCUGGCUCAUAAAGGUGCAUUUGGACAAAGUGCAGUAG